UGUGUCCUGAACAUCUUUGAAAAUUGUUUCACAAAGUGCCAUGGCAGUGGAAACAAAUGGCCUCAUUCCAGGCCUCCGGGAACCAUCGAAGAGGAAAGGUUUGCGUGCUCGGGAGCUGGACUUCCAUUCCUCCACCCAGCGAGCACCUCUUCCAGAGUACAAACCAAUGUUUGAUGAACAUUUGCAGCACCUCUGGGUGAAUCCGCGCAUUAGGCAUGUGAUGCAGACGGCUGGCUUUCUGGAUAACGAUGGCAAGCCAGUUGAUGUGGACGCCCAUCGGCGGAAGCUCUUUGUUAUAGAACAGGAGCUGGCUCAAGCAGAUGCUGUGGAAAGACACCGAGCCAGGGAGAAGGAACGAAAGAGAGAGGAAAUGAUCAUCCUUGCGAAACGCCAUGAAGUGCAUCAGCAUCGGAUUCAUGCAGUGCAGGCAAUUCGAGAGGGCCGGCGGAAGCGGCGCGAAGCGCAGGUUGAGCUUUCCAAGAGCACUGGCAGCCUACCAGUGGGACUGGGAGCUGUCGUGGUUGCAGCCACCCAGGGUACAUAAAUUCUGGGCAAUGCUGAUCCUUGUGACUGCCCCUGAGUCAACGUUGUGAUUCCAAUCUAUCGGUUGCAAUGCAAAGAUGCAUAGAGGAACAUGAUGUCUGUACAUGUAUGUGACUAGAAAACAUUUCAGAUUUUUGGACGGAGACUGCAUUGACGUUGUCAAUGUGACGGGUGUGUACAGGUGUCUACAGCGCUUGAUGCACUUUGUACCUUUGAUGAUUGACAAGUCGAGCAUCCCGUGAGAUUGUUGGUUUUCGUUGAGACCAUCCAGGACCAUCCAAUUAGCCAAAGUCCCAAAGUAGAUGUCAUUUCAACAGUUGUCAUUUUGGCAGUCCAUAUCUGGGGUGGAGGCAAUCACUUCUGGCCACUCUUCUCCAUAAUGGCCAGACACUGCUUCCCUAAGAAGACUGCUGAGGUUGAGCCGGCAUUCCUUUCAACUGCCAUUUUUCACACAAUGAAGGGAUACUCAAUCAAAUACAGAAGGAGACAUCAAACAACCUCUGCUUCAGCUCUUGUCAUCGUGAGGCAAUCAUUCUUGGAGGAUCUUACUGACUUUCUGUGUAUUUGCAGCUGAAGAGCUUUGUUUCCCUUCAAAGUUUCUGGGUGCAAAAGGACCUUGAAAAGGAUUCCUUUUCCUGGACUGAGACUGCCGCAGCGAAAAGUCGCCAUCCAAAGCAUC